CAAAGUUAAAAACCAUCCUCGUCCCACUUCACUGUCUUGUCUAUCCACCAUGCAAUUGCUGUUUACCAUCCCUGGUUGCCUCCAAAUUCGACCUACUCUUUUUUGCCACUUGCAUAUAUCUAUCAUAUUCUAUUGACACGAGUCUAAAAAAAGCAGUACUCCAGCUAGCAAUUUUUGUUCCUACUAAUUUCCUAAAGCUGGUCUCAUCAGCUAUAAAUACUACCUCAUAAUAUCUCUCAAUCAUGGCUCUCUCUAAGCUUCUAGCUGCUUCACUUCUUGCAUCACUUCUCCUCCUCCAUCUUGCUGAUGCAGCAGAUCAAUCGCAACAUGCAAAAACACAAAGCUCUCUUCUUCAGAAAAUAGAUUGUAAUGGAUCAUGUGUUGCAAGGUGCCGUUUAUCAUCUCGACCAAGAUUGUGUCAAAGAGCAUGUGGAACAUGUUGUAGAAGAUGUAACUGCGUGCCACCUGGCACUGCUGGAAACCAAGAAAAGUGUCCUUGUUAUGCAAGCUUGACUACUCAUGGUGGCAAACGCAAGUGCCCUUAGAAAAACAAAAACUACCUUAAUUGGAAUUUGGACUCAGAAUCUUUUAUCAUAAAUAUCCAAAACUAAGGUUGCCAUGCAUUAAUGAUAAAAAUAUAAGUAUUCCUUAGUCACUAUGGUCUGAACCACAUGGAAAAUAAAAUAUGUACGUUUUCAAUACCUGUUGAGUUAGAGUGUUAUUUCGUAUUCACUUCUUUUGUAUCAUUUGUUCUAAUGAGAAUUUCUUGUUGAAUAUUUUAA